UGAGCGCCGCUUGUUUUUCCUGUUUUGGUUUACACGAGCACGGUUUAAUAAUUCACACAGUCGCAGGAAUGGCUUUACCUGUUCUCUUGUGCUUGCUCGGUCAUGUUUUUCACCUGCAGGUUUCUGCCGUGCCGGUUAAUAAUGGCUUCAAACACCUGCAGAGCGCACCUAAAUUCUGGCAUAUCUCGGACCUGCACUUGGAUCCGACCUACCAUAUCACAGAAGACCACACCAAAGUCUGUUUUUCCUCCAAGGGUGUUCCUGCAUUGGACCCGGGGGUUUUUGGUGACUUCCUGUGUGAUUCCCCAUACCAGCUCAUUCUCUCAGCAUUCAGACACAUGAAACAAGCAGACCUGCAGCCUGAGUUCAUUAUAUGGACAGGAGACAGCCCUCCUCAUGUCCCGAAAGAAGAACUGUCCACUGAUGUAGUGAUUGAUGUUAUUGCCAAUAUGACUCUCACUAUACGUCAGUUCUUCCCACAGCUGCCAGUUUAUCCUGCCCUGGGCAACCAUGACUACUGGCCACAGGAUCAGUUACCAACAUCUUCAAAUGCCAUUUACGAUGCUGUAGCCAAACUCUGGUCUCCAUGGUUGAACCCAGAAGCUGUAGCUACUUUGCAAAAAGGUGGCUUUUACUCUCUUGUGAUCAAACCUGGCCUCCGUCUGGUGAGUCUGAACACAAACCUGUACUACAGUCCUAAUCAAGUGACAGCGAAUAUGACAGACCCCGCUGGGCAGUUCCAGUGGCUGCAGGAAACACUUGAGCUAUCAAGACAAAAGCAGGAGAAGGUCUACGUAAUCGCUCACGUCCCCAUCGGUUACCUACCCUACGCUAUAAAUACAACAGCCGUCCGAAGGCGCUACAAUGAACAACUGGUCAAAAUAUUUCGCAGCUAUAAUGACGUCGUUCAGGGUCAAUUCUACGGCCACACUCAUCGAGACAGCAUAAUGGUUCUUCUGGAUCAACACGGGAAAGCUGUGAACUCUAUAUUUGUCACACCUGCUGUUACACCUAUCAAAAAUGUGUUGGAGCCAUUUUCGAACAAUCCUGGCGUCCGUGCAUAUCUAUACCACCCUGAGAAUUAUGGUUUACUGGAUAUUUGGCAGUACUAUUUAAAUCUCACAGAAGCAAACCUGGAACAGAAGUCAGACUGGAAGCUGGAAUACAUUAUGACUGAGGCUUUUGAUAUCAAUGACGUUCAGCCUCACAACUUGCACAAACUUGCUCGUAGGCUCGAGCAGCCACAGAGCAAAGACUUUGACAAGUAUUUUAACCAUUUCAUGGUGAGCUACAAUGUCAGCCUCAUAUGCGAGGGUUUGUGCAAAGCGAUUCAAGUGUGUGCCGUGCAGUUUUUGGAUCAAGACACCUACUCACAAUGUGUUGCGAAAGCAGGCGUAUGAGGUUAAGCUGUUACAGUUCUAGAGUAUAUACUUGAAUUACUCACUUUAAACUUGAUCAACUCUCUAAAAAGAUGAUUUUAAACCUUUUUUUGAUUUAAAAGAAAUCACAGAACCUAAUAAUGGAAGAGUUAAUCUCAGGAAAACAUCUCGCUUCACCCCAAAAUUCAAAGGAGAAAAAAACUAUUUGUAUUAAUUUGAACUCAUUUAUACAAAGAAAAUUAGCAGAAUUUAGGACUUUAAUUUUCUAUAUUUUGGUCUAUAACUUUAUAUUUAUGACACCGUUAUUAAAGACUUAAAUUAUAAUUUUCAAUAAGAGAAAAUUUUAUAUAUAUAUAUAUA